AGUACCGCAGAAAUGAAUUUAUUUUUGGAUGAUAUUGAAUUUGCUGAAAUUGUGCAGCGAGCUGAACAAGCCAUAGAAUGUGGAGUCUUUCCAGACAGAAUCUCCCAGGGUUCAAGUGGAAGCUACUUUGUUAAAGAUGCAAAGAGGAAAACAAUUGGAGUGUUCAAACCAAAAUCGGAAGAGCCUUAUGGUCACCUAAAUCCAAAAUGGACCAAAUACUUCCACAAGAUUUGUUGCCCUUGCUGUUUUGGCAGAGGCUGCCUUGUUCCUAAUCAGGGAUACCUCUCUGAAGCUGGUGCCUAUCUGGUGGACAGCAAGCUGGGAUUAGGAGUGGUCCCUAAAACAAAGGUUGUCUGGAUUGUCAGCGAGACCUUUAACUAUAGUGCAAUAGAUCGUGCAAAAUCCAGAGGCAAGAAGUACGCUUUAGAAAAAGUGCCAAAAGUUGGGAAAAAAUUUCAUCGAAUAGGACUACCUCCAAAGGUUGGCUCUUUUCAGUUGUUUGUGGAAGGCUACAAAGAGGCCGACUUCUGGCUCAGGAAAUUUGAAACUGAACCUCUGCCUGAAAACACCAGGAAACAGUUUCAGUCGCAGUUUGAGAGGCUGGUUGUGCUUGAUUAUGUCAUCAGAAACACUGACAGAGGCAAUGACAAUUGGCUGGUCCGAUACGAAAAGCAGAGUGAUGGCUCUGACUGUUCAGAGAAGGACAUCCAGUGGAUGAAUGAAAAGGAACCCGUUAUUAAAAUUGCAGCCAUCGACAAUGGUUUAGCUUUUCCCUUCAAACACCCUGAUGAGUGGAGAGCAUAUCCAUUCCACUGGGCUUGGCUGCCACAAGCAAAGGUCCCUUUUUCUCAAGAGACGAUAGAUUUGAUUCUUCCUCGUAUCUCUGACAUGAACUUCGUACAGGAUCUUUGUGAAGAUCUUUAUGAACUAUUCAAGACUGACAAAGGCUUCGACAAGGCUACCUUUGAAAAUCAAAUGUCUGUCAUGAGGGGGCAGAUCCUUAAUCUUACUCAGGCACUAAAGGAUGGGAAAAGUCCUCUGCAGCUUGUACAGAUGCCUCGUGUGGUUGUGGAGAGAAGCCAUGGGGGGACGCAAGGGCGGAUUGUUCAUCUGAGCAAUGCAUUCACUCAGACGUUUCAUAGCCGGAAACCAUUUUUUUCUUCCUGGUAGGGAGCUGGAGAAAUGGCUUCA